UACCAAAGAGAGUCGGUGCGGGACCUCAGUCCGGCUUAAGUUCUGGAGACCAACAGGGUAUGAAGAGACCAGAGUCCUGGGGGUCAGACUGGAUCUAAAACCGGACCGAUACACGGAAAUUGUUUUACUUUAAACUCGGACAGAAGGACUCGGAUUGACUCGGCUUUGUUCGCUUCAGCUCCGGAUAUAUAAAAAACAAGUUUCCUUUUAAUCUCUAAUUAAACAGUUUCGGUUUGUUUUUGUUGCUGGUUUUCACCGUCGGACUUUCAUGUCAUUCCGAGAGUAGAAGAAGCUUCACAACAGCUGACUGACGACACAUUGCGCAACCGACACAAUAAUAAGGACACAAAGACGUCAUCACCAGCAACUUCUGCUCCACAUACAGACGGGCAAAGGCCAUCAGCACCUUUUUGACUCAACUGGGUCUUUACUGGAUCUACUGGUUUCCUGUUGACCUACAGUCCGGACCAGUCUGUCUGUCUGAAGUGCACAAGAUGAGCAUGGGCGAGACCGCAGCCAGAUCUCAGCUGUGCCUGAAGAGGCUACUGGACGAGCCCCAGGAGAAUUUACCGAAAUGUAAACUAGCCCGUCUGAGUCUGCACCCUCCGGCCCCUGGCCUAUCCCCCUGCCUCAGGCCCAGAACCCCCGCCCCCAAGUCCAAUCAGAGCCAAUCCCCAUCCAGAGUCGGACCAUACAUCCUGUUUGAACGCUGCGAGGGGGAGGAGACUUACAGGGCUGAACACGCACUCACAAAGCAGCCAUACACCUGCCAGGUGCUUCCUCUGCGUGGUUACCCGGAGCGGCUGGCUGUCUACAACCGGAUCGGUCACCAUGACAACAUCUGCAACCUGCUGGACGUGGUGAUUGGCCAGGACAGCGUUUACGUCUUCCUCCCUGGUCACCACGGCGACAUGCACGCGUACGUGCGAAGCAGGAAGCGUCUAGGCGAGGAGGAGGCGGGGCAUCUGUUCACUCAGAUGCUGAAUGCCGUGACGCACUGUCACCGCCACGGAGUCGUCCUGAGAGAUCUGAAGCUCCGCAGGUUCGUCUUCACUGACAAAUACAGGACGCGUCUUGCCCUUCUCGGUCUCAACGACUGCAUCCUCCUGCAUGGUAACCUCGAUGACGACUUUCUGACGGACAGACAUGGCUGCCCCGCCUACGUCAGCCCCGAGCUGUUGACCAAUGGUAACGGGUCUUAUUCAGGCCGCGCUGCAGACAUCUGGAGUCUGGGCGUGUCUCUGUACACCAUGCUGAUUGGACGUUACCCGUUUCAGGACACUCAGCCCGCCGCGCUGUUCACCAAGAUCCGCCGCGGGGCCUUUAGCCUGCCUGAUUGGCUGUCACCGCAAGUCAAGUGUCUGAUUGGCUGCAUGCUGAGAAAGACGCCCGCAGAGAGGCUGGAGGCGUCUGAGCUGCUGAUGCACCCGUGGCUGACCAGUCCCUUCACGCCACAUCACAACAUGCAGAAGACUCAUCACAGCUCACAAAAAACACUACAGAAUAAACAAGAGGACGAUGACCAGGUGGUGCCAACAUGGACGAAAAAACAAUAACAUUCACGCUUGUACUUCUAUACUUGUGAGGACCCACAUUGAUGUAAUGCUUCCCUUAGCUCCUAACCUGUGGUGGGAGAAGUAUCUUUUACUUAAGGAAAAGUAGCAGUACUACAAUGUAGAAAUACAUUACAAAUACAAAUCUUAUUUGAAAUACAAGUAAAAGCCCUGCAAUCAAAAUCUUACUUAUUAGUACUAAAUACACAGUAUUCAUCAUGCAGAAUGGCCCAUUUCAUAAUCAUAUAUAUGCAACUGGAUUAUAAUUAUUGAUGCAUUAAUGUAUACAUCACUACUGGGUACCUUAACCUAUAAUAAUAUAUCAUAAUUUAUUCGUUGAUUUAUAUUUUGUAUUAAUAAUAUAAAUAUGCAAAGUAACUAAAGCCUUCAAAUACAUGUAAUAAUGGAGUAAAAAGUACAAUACUGGCUAAAACGUAGCAGAGUAGAAGUUUAACGUACAUAGUGACGACGAUAAAAUGGAUAUACUCAAGUACAUGGACCUCGAAAUUUAGUAAAAUGUGGCAAACCACCAAUGCUCCUAACAUUAACCAUCUCAGCUUCUUAAUCCCAACCUUUUCACUUAACCUAAACCUGAUUCUAACUUUAACCCUUAAACCAGUUAUAAACCCCGAGAAACCUUUUGAAGAGGUGACGAUCAAAAACUCUAAUUGGUCCUCGCAAAGAUAGACAUACAAGAGUGCAUGCAUGCACGCACGCACACACACACACACACACACACACUACAGAGACAGUCUGAUCCUGGAUUACUUGACCCGACCCUCAGGUGCCUUCCUCUCACUGUAGCUGUGUCUCAAUUCAAGCUCCGCCUCCUUUAAACAGGGCGUGGCCCAUGACAGUGGCCGCACCUUGAGGCUUGAACCUGCUCCUUGUCCUCCACAAAUCAGAACAGAUGGUGUGUUCAGGUGCAAUUUGUCAACUUGUAAAGUGGAGAAUGUCUCAGUUCCCCUUAAACACAGCUAAAUCCUAAUAUUAUUAAACUAAGGACUUACUGACAUCCUGCAGGUGCAAUUUCAUUGAUCAGUGUAAUAAGGAAAAUAACACCUGGUCACAUGAUCAUCUCUGAUUUAAGAAGUUGAUGAAGAGUGAACACAAUCUUGGUUUUAAAGUGGACUUGCAGCUUCUUUCUCUCAGUGUUUACACUUUCUGGUUGCUCCCUAUAAAUAUAUUUAGAAGGAUCGGUCAGUGUUGUGAAGUCCCCAGCAACAGAAUCAUCUUUAUGAAAACCAGAAAUAACCAGAGUUCACACAAAGUCAGCACAAAGUGGCCAACAAGUGUCAUCAUUUUCUGAUAAUGCCAGUUUAAUGGAAGCGAAGAGCUGCCAUGAUCGCUACAAAUAUUUAUAGGCCUGUUAUCUGAAGAUCAAAACUUUAAAUUCUUCUAAAUUCUGUUUUUUUGUGGUACUUAUACAAAAGGACAAUUUACUCAUUAUUAUUAUUUUUAGAUAUAAACUGAUUCAUAGUUUUCUUGUGACAUGACAUCUAAUGGGUAACAAUCAAAAAUGGCUUUGAUCAACAAUCCUCCCAAAAUAACACAACAGUUAAAUUUGAUCUUGAGAAAACUAUUUCUGAUAUGUCAACGUAACAAAUCUCAGGAUAAAGGAUCUAAAAUAAAAACCAUGUGUUGCAUCAUAAGAAAAUGAAACUGUAAUCUUGAGAUAACCAGACUAAAAUUAUUAUAAGUCUUCUGUUCCCUUUGACUGAAGCUGACCGAUCACGAUCAGACACCCCUGCAGCCAGCUAAUAGGACGACUUCUUUUGGAUGCGUCAUUCAGUCCUCAGCUACAGCUGGAGAAUAAAUAAAGUUCUUUCACAAACUG